CGCUCGGUUCUCGCGGGAACCGGGCGCCAGCGCGCCAAAUUCCUCCCGCGGCGGCGGGGAUGCGGCGGCGAGGCGGCGCGGGGCGUGCGGAGCCGGGCGGCGGCGGCAGCAGCGGCGACCCCGACCCCGAGGGGGCGAGGGACGAUGGCCCCGCGCUGUCCGCCCUCAAGCGCCUGGAGCGGUCGCAGCGCACGGACCGGCUGGACGCGCUGUUCGGCUUCGAGCGGCCCGCGGAGCCCGGCGAGAGGACGGGCUGGCUCAUCAACAUGCAUCCGACAGAGGUGCUGGACGAGGACCGGCGGCCGGUGAGCGCUGUGGACUACUACUUUGUCCAGGAGGAUGGGAGCCGCUUCAAGGUGGCUUUGCCCUACAGACCCUACUUCUACAUCGCCACGCAGCAGGGCUGUGAGCGAGAAGUGUCCUCCUUCCUUUCUAAGAAGUUCCAAGGGAAAAUUGCAAAGCUGGAAACUGUCCCCAAAGAAGACUUGGAUCUGCCAAAUCACUUGGUGGGUCUGAAGCGGAACUACAUCAAGCUGUCCUUCAACACAGUGGAUGACUUGGUGAAGGUGCGAAAAGAGAUUUCUCCUGCUGUAAGGAAAAACAGAGAGCGAGACCAGGCGAGCGAUGUCUAUACAUCCAUGCUGUCAAGUGCUCUGGCUGGAGGCAGCCUGACCACAGAGGAGGAAGGCACCUCAAAAAAGAUUGCCAACCAAAUGGACAACAUUGUGGAUAUGCGGGAGUAUGAUGUACCCUACCACGUUCGCCUCUCCAUUGACCUGAAGAUCCAUGUGGCUCACUGGUACAACGUGCGAUACCGGGGCAGCACCCUCCCUCCAGAAAUCACCCGCCGAGAUGACCUCGUGGAGCGACCCGAUCCUGUUGUUCUUGCCUUUGACAUUGAAACUACCAAACUCCCCUUGAAGUUUCCUGAUGCAGAGACAGACCAGAUCAUGAUGGUCUCCUACAUGAUCGAUGGGCAGGGCUACCUGAUCACAAACAGGGAGAUUGUCUCCGAGGAUAUUGAAGACUUUGAGUUUACUCCCAAGCCAGAGUAUGAGGGACCAUUCUGUGUCUUUAAUGAACCAGAUGAAGCUCAUUUAAUCCAGAGGUGGUUUGAACAUGUCCAGGAGACCAAACCUACUAUCAUUGUCACAUACAAUGGAGACUUCUUUGACUGGCCCUUUGUGGAAGCAAGAGCAGCAGCUCAUGGAAUUAAUAUGUAUGAGGAAAUUGGAUUUCAGAAGGACAGCCAGGGAGAGUACAAAGCAUCACAGUGCAUCCACAUGGACUGUCUAAGGUGGGUGAAGAGAGACAGUUACCUCCCAGUGGGAAGUCACAACCUGAAAGCAGCAGCUAAAGCAAAGCUGGGCUAUGAUCCAGUGGAGCUGGACCCUGAAGAGAUGUGCCGGAUGGCUACAGAGGAGCCUCAGACCCUGGCCACUUAUUCAGUGUCCGACGCAGUUGCUACCUAUUACAUGUACAUGAAGUAUGUGCAUCCUUUCAUUUUUGCGUUGUGCACCAUCAUUCCCAUGGAGCCUGAUGAGGUGUUACGGAAAGGUUCUGGGACGCUGUGUGAGGCACUGCUGAUGGUUCAAGCCUAUCACGCCAACAUCAUCUUCCCCAAUAAGCAGGAGCAGGAAUUUAACAAACUCACAGAGGAUGGGCAUGUGCUGGACUCAGAGACAUACGUAGGAGGCCACGUGGAAGCACUGGAAUCGGGAGUUUUUCGCAGUGACAUCCCCUGCCGCUUCAAAAUGAAUCCUGCUGCCUUUGACUUCUUGGUGCAGCAUGUGGAGAAGACACUCCGGCACGCUAUUGAGGAGGAGGAGGGUUUGCCGUUGGAUCAAGUCACCAACUUCCAGGAGGUUUGUGAUGAAAUCAAAGUCAAACUGAAUUCCCUGAAGGAUGUCCCUAACAGAAUUGAGUGUCCCCUUAUCUACCAUUUAGACGUGGGGGCCAUGUACCCCAACAUCAUUCUGACCAACAGAUUGCAGCCCUCAGCAAUAGUAGAUGAGGCCACGUGUGCUGCCUGUGACUUCAACAAGCCGGGUGCCAACUGUCAGCGCCGGAUGACGUGGCAGUGGAGAGGAGAAUUCAUGCCUGCCAGCCGCAGCGAGUAUCACCGCAUCCAGCAGCAGCUGGAAUCCGAGAAGUUCCCUCCCCUGUACCCCGAUGGAGCGCCCCGGGCCUUCCACGAGCUCUCCCGUGAAGAGCAGGCCAAGUAUGAGAAGAAGCGACUGGCAGAUUAUUGCCGGAAGGCCUAUAAGAAGAUCCACGUCACCAAGGUGGAGGAGCGGAUCACCACCAUCUGCCAGCGAGAGAAUUCUUUCUAUGUGGACACUGUGCGAGCUUUCAGGGACCGUCGCUACGAGUUCAAGGGGCUGCACAAGGUGUGGAAGAAGAAGCUGUCUGCAGCUGUGGAGAUGGGAGAUGCCUCUGAAGUGAAACGCUGCAAGAACAUGGAGAUCCUCUAUGAUUCUCUGCAGCUGGCACACAAGUGCAUCCUCAAUUCUUUCUACGGCUAUGUCAUGCGGAAAGGAGCUCGCUGGUACUCCAUGGAAAUGGCUGGGAUUGUCUGCUUCACCGGAGCAAAUAUUAUCACGCAGGCCAGGGAACUGAUUGAGCAGAUUGGGAGACCUCUGGAACUGGAUACAGAUGGGAUUUGGUGUGUCCUUCCUAACAGCUUCCCAGAAAACUUUGUCAUUAAGUCAACCAAUGCCAAGAAGCCAAAGGUGACAAUCUCCUACCCAGGUGCUAUGCUGAACAUCUUGGUGAAGGAAGGCUUCACAAAUGAUCAGUACCAGGAACUGGAGGACCCAGCCUCUCUCACCUAUGUCACACGCUCAGAGAACAGCAUAUUCUUUGAAGUAGAUGGACCAUACCUGGCCAUGAUCCUCCCAGCUUCCAAGGAGGAGGGCAAGAAGCUGAAGAAAAGGUACGCGGUGUUCAACGAGGAUGGGUCCCUGGCCGAGCUGAAGGGAUUUGAGGUGAAGCGACGAGGCGAGCUGCAGCUCGUGAAGAUAUUCCAGUCCUCUGUGUUUGAGGCCUUUCUGAAAGGCACCACCCUGGAGGAGGUCUACGCUUCUGUGGCCAAGGUGGCUGAUUACUGGCUAGACGUGCUGUACAGCAAGGCUGCCAACAUGCCUGAUUCAGAGCUGUUUGAGCUGAUCUCGGAGAACCGUUCCAUGUCUCGCAAGCUGGAGGACUACGGGGAGCAGAAAUCCACCUCCAUCAGCACUGCCAAGCGCCUGGCAGAAUUCCUGGGAGACCAGAUGGUAAAGGAUGCAGGGCUGAGCUGCCGGUUCAUCAUUUCCAAGAAACCAGAAGGGUCUCCGGUCACUGAGAGGGCCAUCCCCCUUGCCAUCUUCCAAGCAGAGCCCACUGUACGGAAACAUUACCUUCGGAAAUGGCUGAAGAGCCCCUCGCUACAGGACUUCAACAUUCGUGCGAUCCUGGACUGGGACUACUACAUUGAGAGAUUAGGCAGCACCAUCCAGAAAAUCAUUACUAUUCCUGCAGCUCUGCAGCAGGUAAAGAACCCGGUGCCACGGGUCCGGCACCCUGACUGGCUGCAUAAGAAACUCCUGGAGAAGAACGAUGUGUACAAACAAAAAAAAAUCAAUGAACUCUUCACUUCUGAAGGCAAGAGACAGGUCCUUGCCAACCAGCCCCAGGAGGGAACACCCAGCUCACAGAUUGGUGACAUAGAGGAUUUUGGGGUUGCCAAGACCCUUCAGCCAUCAAUUCCCAUUGCAAACAAACGGAAGCGAGUCCCUAUGGCAGAGGAAAGCCAGCAGAUGUCCCAGAGCCUGGAGCUCUCCCAGUCCUGGCGAGAGAUCCUGGGCCCACCUCCCCCCAUGGGAACCAGCAAGGAGCAGCACCUGGUGUGGCUGCGCUACCACAAGAAGAAAUGGGAGCUGCAGGCUCGACAGCGGCAGGAGCGGCGGAAGAGGCGGCGUCUGGAGGAUGGCAGGGUGGCCGCAGGCGGAGGAGUGGUCCGUGAUGCGCUCUCCAAAGGGCUGAGCAGCUACCUCCGUAGGACGGCACGGAGCAUCCUGGACUUACCCUGGCAGAUUGUGCAGAUCGCUGAGACCAGCCAGCCAGGCCUGUUUAGGCUGUGGGCAGUGAUCGGGAGUGACCUGCACUGCAUCAAGCUGAGCAUCCCCAGGGUGUUCUACGUCAACCAGCGCAUCGCAAAACCAGAGGAGGGAGUAGUCUACAGGAAGGUAAACAGGAUCCUGCCCCGCUCAAAUUUGGUUUACAACCUAUAUGAGUACUCUGUCCCUGAAGACAUGUACCAAGAGCACAUCAACGAAAUCAAUGCUGACCUCUCUGCUCCAGACAUCGAGGGAGUAUAUGAGACUCAGGUGCCACUGCUGUUCCGAGCCCUCAUCCACCUGGGCUGCGUGUGCAUGGUCAGCAGGCAGCUCGUCAGGCACCUGACUGGGCGAGAGGCCGAGACCUUUGACAUUGAGCACCUGGAGAUGCGCUCGCUGGCCCAGUUCACAUACCUGGAGCCAGGAAGUAUUCGCCAUAUCUACCUCUACCACAGCUCCCAGGGCACCAAGGCUCUCUUUGGCCUCUUCAUCCCCUCACAGCGCAAAGCCGCCGUGUUUGUGCUGGACACGGUUCGCAGCAACCAGAUGCCAAACCUCACCAACAUGUUCUCUGCGGAGCGCAGCGCGCUGCUGGAAAAGGUGGGUGAAGAUCUGCUGCCUCCAGACAAGCACAUCUUUGAAGUGCGUGCCGAGACCGACCCGAAGACCAUCUACAGAGCAAUCCAGCGGCUGCUGCUGGGCUACAAGGAUGAGCGCCGGGGCCCCACAUUGAUUGCUGUGCAGUCUAACUGGGACCUGAAACGGCUGGCAAGUGGGAUUCCCAUCAUCGAGGAGUUCCCGUUGGUCCCCGUCCGAGUGACAGAUGACAUCAGCUACUCGGUCCUGGACUGGCAGCGCCACGCAGCCCGCCGCAUGAUCCGCCACUACCUCAACCUGGAUACAUGCCUGUCCCAGGCUUUUGAAAUGAGCAGGUAUUACCACAUUCCAAUUGGGAAUCUCCCUGACGAUAUCUCCACCUUUGGCUCUGACCUGUUUUUCUCACGCCACCUCCGUCGUCACAACCAUUUGCUGUGGCUCUCGCCCACGGCUCGCCCGGACCUGGGGGGUAAGGAGGCUGAUGACAACCGUCUCGUCAUGGAGUUUGAUGAGAGAGCCUUGGUGGAGAUCAACAACCCUGGCUGCUACUCCACAGGUGAGGAGGGAGCAGGGUAGCGCAGAGUGGGGCAG